UCGGGGACGUUUCUGUGUGUGUGACAUUUCCUUCGUGACUGGUAGAGAACAGGUUCGGAAACACCUCCGUGGCUGCUGCCAGUUGUCCCCGCGCCUCUCGCCCAAGGGCAGUCUACGCGUGUGUCACGUGAAAGAAUGGAAGGGACUCAUUUGAUAAAACACGCAAAAUAAUAUUAUUUUACUUCGGAGCUCCGUCAGUAUAUUUUGGGAAAUUAUGGAUCGUCACAUUCCCAUGCACGCAUUACCUGAAGAAAUCCAAAAGAUGUCCCCUGAUGAAAAAGUUUGUAAGUACUGUGGAGUCAGCUAUUUAAUUCUACACGAGUUUAAAGCUAUGGAAGAAAAAGUGAAAGCGAUGGAAAAAGAGAUGAAAUUUUAUCAAGGAAGUGUAGAACGUGAAAAGAUACUUCAAGAAAAGCUGCAUUCUCUCAGCCAAGAUUUUGAACAGUACAAAAUUAACAAUGACUCCAAAACAGAAAGAAUCCAAGCUGGAAGCAUGCAAUUAAAAAGUCAGCAAAGUGAAAUUCAGAGAUUACAGAAAGAAUUGAGUCAAUUGCAACAUGAGUUAAAAGUGAAACAGAGACAAUCACAAGUCUUCAGUCAAAGAUUGAUGGAGUACAAAUAUUUCUGGAAUAAGACUCUUUCAUUACUUACUUUUACUAAAAGGGAGAUAACCAGUAUUAAAAAUGAAGUAUAUGAUCAUUUUCAAAACUGGACUUCACUGAAAAGAGAAGUUUUUCUUCAAAUUAAAUCCAUAAGUGAAGCAGCCUUGACAGAAAUCGAGAUACUAAAUAAAAGUUUGGCAGUGUCCCAGAGAAAUAAGGUAUGCCUUGAAGAGGAAAUGAAAAACCUGAAGUUGUUGUCAGAUGCAGCGGUACUGAGGUCUCAGCAGAUGCAAACAUCUAAACAACAGGAAGUGAACUUGCAAACCAGAUGCCAUGACUUGCAAAAAGAAGCACUAGAUUUACAAUGUCAAGUAGAGGCACUUGGGCUAAAACUUCAGAAGGCACUGACUGAGCUGGACAACUGUAAAGAAAAGCUCAUGAAUAAGUCUAAUGAAGCUGAUGACUGUCAAAGAGAACUUAGAAAACUGAAGUUUGAAUCCAUUAUUUCUGAAUCAAGGCAUACUAGAUUGCUUAAAGAGAAAGAAGACUCUUUAAUGGCUUGUCAACAAAUAUAUAAAACUUUACAGGAAGAACUGACUGCAAAAGAAAGUCAAGAAGAAGACAUAAAAAGGAGAAUUAACCUUGCAGAAAAUGAACUAGAGAGAACCAAAAUUCUUCUGAAUCAGACAAAAGAAGAGGUUAUAACACUGAAAAGUGAAAGAGAAUUGAUGCUGAUUUCACAUCAGAAAAACAUUGAGCAGCUGCAGGAAACCCUUAGACAGGAGCGGUUGGAUAAUGAUAACCGGAGGGAGAAGGUUGAAGCUGAACUCGCCAAGGAAAGAGCCCAACGUUUAACUGAAUUUGAGGAGCAAGCUCUUUUCUUUAAAGAAGAAGCUAAACUGGAACUUGAUAUUGAAAAGGAGAAACACCAAGAAAUAAUCCAAAAGUAUAAGGAAAAGCAAGAGGAGCUGCAAAUGAAGAUACCUGACUUAAUCGCAGGCGCUACUAGAGAUCUAAGGCUGGAAGUCACCACUCUUGAAAAAAAACUCCAUGAAUCCCGUGUCCAAUAUACCAAAGCAUCUGAGUCAAAGGAGAAGGAAAUUGAAAACCUUAAAAAUCUGGUUGCAGAAUUUGAAUCUCGCUUGAAGAAGGAAACUGACAAUGGUGAUUUUGUUUCAGAGAACUUGAGGAAGGAAAUGAAACAGAAGUCAGAUGAACUGGAAAGAGUAAUGCUGGCACAGACACAACUGAUACAGCAAUUCAAGCAGUCCCGGGAACAGGUAGGACCCAGACGAUGGCACCAUUGCAAUUAGAGAAAGAGCACAAGUUCCUUCAAAAAACAAACAAACGAAAACAUAAAAGGCAGCUUGAUGUCCUGCAAGAAGUUCUGGACUGUUAGUCAGGGACUUGGGAUCACAUCCUGGUUUUGUCCUUAACUAGACAGUCACUUAACCUUCCUGGACCUGGCUUCCUUUUCUGUAAAAUGAAUAUAUUGAACUACAUAAUCUCUAAGGUUUUCUCAGCACCUGGUUCUCCUGUGUUGCAAAUGACCUUUUAAAACCUCUGAGACUAACAAUCUUUAUGUCUUGCUCGUUUUGACAUUAAAUCUUUGCCAAAAAACUUUUAAAGCACUUGCUGCUUUCAUUCAAAUAAUAUUUGGAUAAUAUAUCUUCAAUGUAAUUUUCCUUUAGGGAUUUAUCUUUCUGUCAACGUAAAGUUAUAAGGUAAUUUACAUGUGUUGGCCUUCUUUCUUAUGUGUGAUUAUUUUAGCAAUGUUUUUAGUUAAACUGGAGUAACAUCUUUUGAUUAAAAAAUUUUUUUUCUAACAAAGUCUUAUUUCUGAACUGCUAAGCAG